CUGUAACAGCUUUGUCAGCGUUGCCAACAUCUCUCACCGGACGUGUCUUCAUGGGUACCUGGAUGGUGGUCUCUCUCAUCCUGAGCUCAGCUUAUCAAGGCAUUCUGACCUCUCUGUUGGCUGUGCCGAGGGUCGAAGUUCCCGUAGACUCCCUGCAAGAUCUCCUGGACUAUGGCAGGAUGCCUUGGUCUGUCGAGUAUGGCACUGCCUUGCACCAACUUUUCGGGGAUGCAAAAUCAGGCUUCUACAAGAAGAUUCACGAUGGCAGCUUCCUAGUAACUAGCAGCUUCGAGGAGCGAGAACGAAUGAAAAAAGAACGAUUUGCUAUUCUCUGUGAUUUCUUCUCCAUGAAGUUGAUUAUGAGUGAUGACUACGGCAAGACGGGGGAAUGCAGCUAUUACAUCGCCAAGGAAGUGAUCUGGUCAGCAUCCAUGGCUUUUGUUUUUCAGAAGGACAGUGAUGUCACCAAACACUUCAAUAAAUGGAUAGUGAUGAUGCGGGAGUCAGGGCUGGUGGACCGCUACCUGCAGGAAGCCACUACCAACGUGACCGCCUGCAUGGUUCCCCCGGGCGAGGAGGCGGGCAAAGGGAGCUCCCUCGUCCUCUCUUUUCUGGACCUCGGGGGCGUCUUUCUCUUCAUGUUUGGAGACCCACAUACCUCCAAACAUGAAGAGAAAGACGCCCCCGAGGUCCAGAAAAGAGAGGACGAGGGAGCUCCCUUUGCCCGCCUCCUCGCCCGGGGGAACCAUGCAGGCGGUCACGUUGGUAGUGGCUUCCUGCAGGUAGCGGUCCACCAGCCCUGA